AUGCAGCGAGUGUGCGGGCAAGGAAGGCAUAGACAAACGAAAGAACUUUUUUUUUUUUUUUCAGAGAGUUGGAUUGAACGAUGUCUCAAUGAAAGUGAAAACAAACGUUAUUCCAGUCACACCUCUCUGGGGAAUGUUUCUAACGAUGAAAAUGAGGAAAAAGAAAAUAAUAGAGCAUCAAAACCGCAUUCAACUCCAGCUACACUGCAAUGGCUGGAGGAGAACUAUGAGAUUGCAGAAGGUGUUUGCAUUCCUCGAAGUGCUCUCUACAUGCAUUACCUGGACUUCUGUGAGAAAAACGACACGCAACCUGUUAAUGCUGCCAGCUUUGGGAAGAUAAUAAGACAACAGUUUCCACAACUAACAACAAGAAGACUUGGAACCAGGGGCCAAUCAAAGUACCAUUAUUAUGGAAUUGCAGUGAAAGAAAACUCCCAGUAUUAUGAUGUGAUGUAUUCUAAAAAAGGAGCAGCUUGGGUCAAUGAAACAGGAAAAAAAGAAGUAACCAAACAGACAGUGGCGUAUUCACCACGAUCCAAACUGGGAACAUUGCUGCCAGAGUUUCCAAAUGUCAAAGAUCUAAAUCUGCCAGCCAGUCUGCCAGAGGAGAAGGUUUCUACCUUUAUUAUGAUGUAUAGGACUCACUGUCAGAGGAUACUAGACACUGUAAUAAGAGCAAACUUUGAUGAGGUUCAAAGUUUUCUUCUGCACUUUUGGCAAGGGAUGCCUCCUCACAUGCUGCCCGUACUGGGCUCUUCAACUGUAGUGAAUAUAGUGGGAGUUUGUGACUCAAUUCUGUACAAGGCAAUUUCUGGAGUUUUGAUGCCAACAGUACUACAGGCCUUACCUGACAGUUUGACGCAGGUGAUCCGAAAGUUUGCAAAGCAACUGGAUGAGUGGCUGAAAGUAGCUCUCCAUGAUUUGCCAGAAAACCUACGAAAUAUCAAAUUUGAGUUGUCCAGAAGAUUCUCACAAAUACUACGGCGACAGACAUCCCUAAAUCAUCUCUGCCAAGCAUCAAGAACAGUGAUCCACAGUGCAGACAUCACAUUUCAAAUGCUGGAGGACUGGAGGAAUGUGGAUCUGAAUAGCAUUACCAAACAAACCCUCUAUACCAUGGAGGACUCACGGGAGGAACACAGAAAGCUCAUCAUACAAUUGUAUCAGGAGUUUGAUCACCUUUUGGAGGAGCAGUCCCCCAUUGAGUCAUACAUUGAGUGGCUGGAUUCCAUGGUGGACAGAUGUGUUGUAAAGGUAGCUGCCAAGAGACAAGGCUCUUUGAAGAAAGUAGCUCAGCAGUUUCUCCUGAUGUGGUCCUGUUUUGGCACUCGAGUGAUUCGGGACAUGACUUUGCACAGCGCACCCAGCUUUGGGUCUUUUCACCUUAUUCACUUGAUGUUCGAUGACUACGUAUUGUAUCUGCUAGAAUCACUCCAUUGUCAGGAGAAAGCUAAUGAGCUAAUGAGGGCAAUGAAGGGAGAAGGAAGCACAGCAGAAAUACGAGAAGAAAUUAUUCUGAGUGAACCAGCUGCUCCAACUCCAUCCCCAGCGCCGUUCUCCCCAGCUAAAUCUGCCACUUCUGUGGAAAUGCCCUCUGCCCCAUCACCCAUCAGCAACCAGUCCCCAGAGUAUGGUGGCAUAACAGCUACUACAGGGGCUAUGCAAUCCUACACAUGGUCACUCACCUACACUGUGACAACAGCUGCUGGGUCACCUGCUGAGAAUUCCCAACAGCUGCCCUGCAUGAGGAGCCCACACGUACCUUCAUCGUCCGUCACACACCGUAUACCUGUUUAUCCCCACAGAGAAGAACAUGGAUACACAGGAAGUUACAACUAUGGUAGCUAUAGCAACCAGCAUCCCCAUCCAAUGCAGAGUCAGUAUCCAUCCUUACCACAUGAUACUGCUAUUUCUGGACCACUUCACUACUCAGCUUACCACAGGAGCUCUUCACAGUACCCUUUCAAUGGCCCAACAUCAAGAAUGGAGCCCUGUUUGAUGAGCAGUACUCCCAGGCUGCAUCCCACACCAGUGACUCCGCGCUGGCCAGAGGUCCCAGCUGCCAACUCCUGCUACACGAGCUCCUCCAUGCACUCCACGAGAUACGGGAAUUCCAGUGACAUGUACACGCCCUUGACAACACGCAGGAAUUCUGAGUACGAGCACAUGCAACACUUUCCUGGCUUUGCCUACAUCAAUGGGGAAGCCACCACAGGCUGGGCUAAGUGA